AUGGAUUUCAGGUCACCGGCGACUCAAGCUUGGUCGGACGUCCUCAAGUGGCUGCCGACACAGUCGGUUUUGGAGCUAAGCCUUGUGUGCAGGGAGUGGCGUGCCAUGGCCUUGAAUCCCCACUUCCACCAGUCCCAUGUCGUCCAUGCCAACUCGGUCAAAAAGCAUCAUCAUAUCAAGUUCGUCAUUGAUCCGUCAUUUGGUGUUCUCUGGGACAUGGAUGGCAUCGAUAAUUUUCCAUUUUCGCCAGACAUUACAGCCGGCCUGUUUCACUGUUCUCAACCUUGCCACGGCCUAAACGUGGGCACCUUAAAUGGCAUGGACUUCUUGUGCAAUCCUGCAAUGGGCUACAACCAGCUCAUCCAACAUGAUGACGAAGAUGUUCAGAACAACCAAGAAAAUAGAUCCUUUGCUGCCCGUAUCGCAUUGGGGUACGACUCUCACAUCGACGACCAUGUGUUGGUGUCUCUUGCCUACGAGGAGAAGAACAUGGACACCCGUCAAUACAAACUACGAUGCAAUGUGCGAACUGUGUAUGGUGACCAAUGGUAUGAGAAUGACCCUCCGCCGAGGCCAGUGGCUGAUUCGCCACCCGCCUACGCAGAUGGCAAGAUUUACUGGUUGGUCGAGCCAAAGCUCGGGCCGAGCACCACUGCAACCUGCGAGCUCGUGGCAUUUGACACCAUAGAAAGAGAAUUUGAGGUUGUGGAAGGGCCACCGUGCAGCUACAAUGGAGGCCGCAUAUCCGUUGUUGAGCUCCAUGGCAUAAUUCAUGUGGCGUGGUCGGAUCAAGACGCAGAUGCCAUUGACGUAUGGGUGAUGGAUGACAACGGCGCUUGGUGUGUCGAGUACCGCAUAGAGCUCGCUGAGUUCUGGCCGGAGUACUCAUCCGAGAGAACAACGAUCAUGGCUAUUGAUCCUACAGAUGGACGGAUUUUGCUCAGCACAGGAAGAUCAUUAGGAUACUACAAUCUCAAGACCAUGGAGCUGGAGACAAUCUACCGUGUCACUGCUCAGUCAGUGUACCAUGAUGACAGGCCACAUUUCUGUGCUGUUGUCUACCAAGAAAGCCUAUUCCGCCCAUUUAUGAGGGAGUAA